ACAUCCUGUCCUGACUCCAUCCUCCCCAUCCCAUCCCAUCCUGUCCCUCCCUUCCAACCCGCUGCUAUCCCACCCUCCCUGGGUACCAUCCUGCCCUGCCCGUACCACACCAUGCUCCCCACACAUGGUGCCCAACUUACACAACUCUCCACUCCCUCAUCCUGAUCCCAUCCCGCUCUGAGCCCCUGUCCUCAUCCCCCAGCUCCCUGCCCUAGAGAGGGAUCCCCAUCUCUCUGCUCCCCAGGAGGGGCAGGACUGGCUCCGUCUCCCCAGGACACCACCCACCCUUCCUCCCCACCAGGUGCAGCUGGGAUAGCUCCUCAUCCCCACCUGCCUGUGGGCACUUAAGGGCCAGAGGCAGCCUGGGAGAGCCUCUGCUGGUCAGGAUGGCUACAGGGGAGCAGAGGCAACAGGAGCGCCGCCGCCAGAGGGCUCGGCAGCAAGAGCUGCUCCCGGCAGAGAUCCAGGGCAAGCACCCCCUGCAGAACAGAUGGGCACUCUGGUUUUUCAAGAAUGACAAGAGCAAGAUGUGGCAGGCAAACCUGCGCCUGGUCACCAAAUUCAGCACUGUGGAGGAUUUCUGGGCGCUGUACACUCACAUCCAGCUCGCCAGCAAGCUCACAGCUGGCUGUGACUACUCCCUCUUCAAGGAUGGCAUCGAGCCCAUGUGGGAGGACAGCCAGAACAAGCGCGGUGGGCGCUGGCUCAUCACGCUGGCCAAGCAGCAGCGGCACACGGAGCUGGACCGCUUCUGGCUGGACACACUGCUGUGCCUCAUUGGGGAGAUGUUUGAUGAGUACAGCGACGAGGUGUGCGGGGCCGUCAUCAACAUCCGCACCAAGGGGGACAAGAUUGCCAUCUGGACCCGGGAAGCAGAGAACCAGGAAGGGGUCACCCACAUUGGGCGUGUCUACAAGGAGCACCUGGGUCUGUCACAGAAGGUGGCCAUUGGGUACCAGGCUCAUGCCGAUACAGCCACCAAGAGCGGCUCCCUUGCCAAGACCAAGUUUGUGAUGUGAUUGUGGGAAGAGUGGGCAGCUGCCUAUGAAGUCCCCAUGUUCUGUCUCACAAUAAAUUUCUGCAUCUGA